AUGGGAAUGGGGAAGACUGUCCAAGCCAUCGCACUAGUACUGGCUAAGCAGGAAGUUCAAGAAGUCGGGGAUGGAGGGUUGUGUGGCAUGGAGAAGAAUAACUCCGAAAAUACUGUUUCCAGACGUAGAGUGGUGCCCAUAAAGAUCAACUCCAUCUUCAUCGAUUUUAGCAGUUACCAAAUGAAGCAAGUUGGUGGACACAAUCAUAAUAAUCUACCAAGCAGGAAUGACUCCGGGCAAUUCGAAAAAUCUGGAGAGGACGGUGCUGGUAUAAAGGCAAAUGAAAAUUCUGUGGAGCAUAGUUCUGGUAAAAAGGCAAAAGGAAGAGAUGAUGUGAAAAAUGUUAAAGAGGCUUGUGCAAUUGAUACAAAAAAGGCAGUUUACUCCGAAACCCGUGAGGGUCACAGAAAGAAGGCAAAGAAAAAUGGUGAAAAUCCUGAAGAAGGUGUUGAUGAGGUUCAGGAGAUUGAGGAUGAGGAGAUACCAUACCUUCAUCUUGAAGCUGGUGGUGCUAACUCGAUUGUUGGAAGAAGUGGCAUAACAAGGAAGUCAAAGAAAAAUUUGACAAAAAAUGACAAUGCAACAUCUAUAGAAUUGCAAAAAGCUCUCCCAACGGUGAAUGAUGUUCUUGCUGAGACUGCUGAACCGCCGCCCAGUUUGAUUAUGCCUCUGCUGAGGUAUCAGAAAGAGUGGUUAGCUUGGGCGCUGAAGCAAGAGGAGUCUGCAGCCCGGGCAGGGAUACUUGCAGACGAGAUGGGGAUGGGCAAGACUGCUCAAGCCAUCGCACUUGUGAUGGCUAAGAAGGAACUUGAAGGAGCCGGGGAUGGGGCUUUCUCUCAAACAAGUUCAUCGUCUGGUUUGCCAAAGGUGAAAGCUACUCUCGUGAUUUGCCCUAUGAUUACUGUGAUGCAAUGGGCGAAUGAGAUUAGCGGCUUCACCUUGGCAGGCAGAAAAACAAGGAAGUAUGUCUUGCUAGAGAAACAAAGAUGCACUGGGUGUGGAGAGUUGUUCGAUGAAGGGAUCUUGGCUUAUCACCGAGCUUUUGUUUGUGUUCCAAGAAAUGAUAGUAGAACCAACAAGCAGCAUAAACAGAGGAAGAGUAAUAAUCGUGGGGUGGAUGUUACUGAGUCGGUGUAUGAUGGGAAGAGCGCCUUUGGAGCUGGUUCUUCUACCAAUGAUUCAGAAGGAGCUGAAAAGAGACCUCGUCAAAGAAAUUAUAAUUUGUACUCCGUGGACUCGAACCGUAUAAUAUUGGAUGAGGCUCACCAUAUUAAAGAUCAUCGAAAUAGCACUUCGAAUGCUGUUCUUUCCAUAAACUCUACCUACAAAUGGGCUCUAAGUGGCACUCCCCUUCCUACAAAGGAUAAGGCCUUUAUUGGAGCUGUCAAACAGAGGAAGAGUAAGAAUGCUGGGGUGGAUGUUCCUGAGUCGGUGGAUGAGUACGGGAAGCUUGGGAAGAAGAAUAUGUGA